UUUACCACCAUCCCACAUUUCACAUUUCACUUCCUCUUCUUUUUUAAUUUGAGGCCAACCAUUACACUUUUUAAGUGUUUUUUUGUUGCUCAAAUUAAUUAAAUAAAUUAUUUAAUGGCGUCGAGUUCACUAAGCUCACACCGGUCCGGUACAUGGACCCAACAAGAGAACAAGCUAUUUGAGAAGGCAUUGGCCCGGUUCGACACUGAAACUCCUGACCGGUGGCAAAACGUGGCCCGGGCCGUUGGAGGCGGGAAAUCGGCUGAGGAGGUGAAGCGCCACUAUGAGAUUCUGAUAGAGGAUCUCUGCCGCAUCGAAUCCGGCUUUGUUCCCAUUCCCAAGUAUAAGAAAUCCUCCAAUUGAUGAAGAGAAAGAGGCUUCUAAAGAUGUGAAGGGGCAAUGAGUUAUUAACGCAGGAAUCGCGUUUUGUUUUGUUUUGUUUAGUAAUGGAGCGCAGCAAGCAUGCUAAUUUUUAAUUGUAAUAUUCACGCUUCUCAAAUAAUAGAGUACUACUACUUCUUUA